GCUGGGAGUCUGGAGGAGCGGCAGCAGGCAGCAGGCAGCACAGGGUUCCGCGGCUCCCGCCUUCGUCCGACACUUAGCUAGAGCUGCUCCCCCAGGCAGUGGAGGUGGUGAUGAUGGCGGCGGCUGUAGAGAGAGGAGGCGUCCGGGCCGCUUUCCUGAACCCGAGCAGCGGCGGCGGCGGCGCACCGGCACCGAUCACGCUCCCGGCCGGGGCGCUAGCCGGGGCUGUGGUGCUGGGCUCGGGCUCGGGCUCGGGCUCCGGCUCCGGCAGCAUGCCCGUGCCCAUGAACCUCUUCGCGACCUGGGAGAUAGACCGAUCGUCCCCCAGCUGCGUUCCGAGGCUCUGCAGCCUCACGCUGAAGAAGCUGGUCGUCCUCAAAGAGCUGGAUAAAGAACUGAACUCCCUGUCGAUAGCUGUCAAAAUACAGGGUUCCAAGCGUCUUCUGAGAUCAAACGAGUACGUCCUCCCACCCAGCGGACUGAUGGAGACAGACCUGGAGCUCACAUUCUCACUACAGUAUCCUCAUUUUCUAAAGAGGGACGCCAACAGACUUCAGAUUAUGCUGCAGAGGAGAAAACGUUACAAGAAUCGAACCAUCCUCGGCUACAAGACCUUGGCAGUGGGAGUUAUCAAUAUGGCUGAGGUGAUGCAACACCCAACAGACGGAGGACAGAUCCUGGGUCUCCAUAGCAACGUGAAGGAGGCGCCAGUGCGUGUGGCGGAGAUCAGCGUGUUCUCGCUGUCCAGCCAGCCCAUCGACCACGAGGACGGCAGCGGCCAGGCUGGCCGCAAGACCAAAACCUCAGACCGCUCCCCAGACAUGGACAACUACUCCGAGGACGAUGACGACAGCUACUCGUCAGAGCAGGAAGCCAGCGACGACGCAGUUCACGGCCAGGACCUGUAUGAUGAAGACGACGAGGUUAGGAAGCCCAAGAAAGCCCGUAGGAAAAUGAUCCGAACCACUUCAAUGACCAGGCAACCUAACUUCAAACAGAAAUUUGUGGCCUUGCUGAAGAGGUUCAAGGUAACGGAUGAGGUUCUGGACUCCGACCCGGUGGACCAGACCCAGGAGGUAGAGGAGGAUCUGGACUUGCUCUACGACAGUCUAGAGGUGUACAACCAGAGCGACAGCGGGCCAGAGAUGGAGGACAACGAGAGUGUCCUGAGCACUCCGAAGCCCAAACUCAAGCCGUUUUUUGAAGGGAUGUCUCACUCCAGCUCCCAGACGGAAAUCGGAAGCAUACACAGCCAAAAAAGCCAGCAGAGAGAACUCUCCUGUCCUAGUGGAGCCUUUCUGACUGUGGACAGAUGUAAAGCGCAAAGCGGGCGAUAUCAAGACGACGGCGUCACAGACACAACCGUCGGGGAGCCAGAGACUGACGACAGCGGGACGGGGCAGGGCGAGGUGAGCAACUGGGACGUCAACGCCGAGCGGAUAACCAGCACUGUUGGCAAACUCUGCAAGACGGAGUCCCAGAACCACAUGUCUCCGAGCAAAGCCGAGAACAGGCUGCAGAGACGUCCUCGCAGCACCUCCAUGAAAGACCGGCAGAACUCCAAGGCUCAGAGCGACCGGACCAGCAGCAUGGAGAGCGAGUGCUCCCCCGACUCGCGGCUCAUCGCGCAGGUUCCCAGGAAGUCCGUGUACGACCAGCUGAAUCAGAUCCUCAUCUCCGACGAGCGCCUCCCGGAGAGCAUCAUCCUCAUCAACACCAUGGAGUGGCAAGGACAGUACGUAGCCGAGCUGCUCAACGAACAAGGCCAGCCCAUUGUGUCCACCUGCUCUGCCGCCGACGUUCAGGCCGCCUUCAACACCAUCGUGACUCGUAUCCAGAGAUUCUGUAACUGCAACGCGCAGACGCCGCCGACUAUGAAAGUGGCGGUGGCAGGCGACCAGAGCUACCUCAGCACCAUCCUGAGGUUCUUCGUGGAGCAGCUGGCCAACAAGACGCCCGACUGGCUCAGCUACAUCCGCUUCCUGGUGAUCCCCAUCGGCUCUCACCCUCUGGCGAAGUACGUGGCCUCCUUCGACAGUCGGUUCAACAGCAUCUUUAUGGACACUGCGUGGAGAGAGCUGUUCUGCAGGACGGAACGGCCCGCCUCAGAUAACAUCGAUGUAGCGGGAAGAGUCGUUCAGUACCUGGCCGGCGCCAACGUGUCCCACCAGUUCCCCAUCUCAGAAGCCAUGCUCACCUACAAACAGAAGAGGAAAAGAAGUUUGUAUUUUGAUUUUUAUAUCAGCCCGGACGAAGACUCCUGUCAGAAGUUUGUGCCAUUCAUCGGGGUUGUGAAAGUGGGAAUUGUGGAGCAAAGCCUCUCGACGUCAGUGGACUCUGACGACGCGAUGGGCGGCAACACGAGCAUCCUGUCCUCGCCGACCCCUCCGACGGCUGGUCCGUACGGGAAGGAGAUCGGGGGAACCCCCCCACAGUCCCCCUCUGUGUCCACCGCCCUGUCUGGAGCUGGAUCUCCGUGUUCGGGCAGCGAGGUGAUGGGCCUGCAGGUGGACUACUGGACCUGGCAAGGCCCCGAGAAGAAGAAAGAAGGGGAGAAGAGAGACGUGGGACUGAAGAACACCCUGAAGAGCAACUUCCGCUCCCUGCAGGUCAGCCGCCUGCCCUGCGGCGGGGAGCUCACCCCCCCACCCAGCAUGGCCAUGACCGUCGUCACCAAGGAGAAGAACAAGAAAGUUAUUUUCCUCAGCAAAAAGCCCAAGGAGAAAGAGCUGGACUCUAAGAGCCAAGUGAUUGACGGCAUCAGCAGGUUGAUCUGCACCGCCAAGCACCAGCACACCAUGCUGAGAGUCACCAUCGACGGAGUGGAGUGGAACGACGUCAAGUUUUUCCAGCUCGCCGCCCAGUGGCCGACGCAUGUCAAGCACUUCCCGGUGGGAAUCUUCGGUUACACGAAGCCCGUGUGAACCCCCUCUGUUCCCCCUCCCCUCCACCUGCCCCCGCCCGCCCCCGUGCCACCAUCUGCUCUAAUGCCAGCAGAAUCUCCGCUGCGCUCGUCGCAUCGAGAGGCGACCGGGAAUCAGAGGAGCCGCCAGGCCCCCCCGACCCCCCCCCAGACUCGACGGCAGUAAUAGUUUUCCUGUGGAAAUCUUACUGACCCACAACCACGUGUUUCAAUACACAGAUUUCAUGUCGUCAAUUUGAUGUUUUCGAUGUUGUUGGGUGUUGUUGUUUUUCUUUUCUUUUCUUUUUUUGGUUUUUUUACACACUACGAAAAGAACAAGUACUAUUUUGUAAGAUUUGUGCUACCGCCUCGGAGGUAUUUUGAGGUUUUUUGACAAUUUGCCACAUUUCGAUAAUGGCAGCUGUGUUUGCACUUUGUUUUUGUUAACAUUUUUUUUUUAUUAUUAUUUCUGUGAAAUCCUACAUUUAUUGUUACUCUAUAGACAAUGGAGGAGUGUGCUGGUGACGUGCAGUGGCGUGCGUGCGAUUGUUUGGAGACCGUGUUUGUGUUUUGUUGUUGAAAGUUGGAAUAUUGCUGUGAAUCUAGAUGGAAAACCUUCUCUUCUAACUCAGUGCUCAGUUUUUCUUACUCGUCCCUUUACUUUUCCCCCCCCUGACAGGUCAGUUUUUUUUCUAGGAAGGUGCAGAGAAGUCUUUUUUUUUUUUUUUUGCCUCGUUGUUUUGAAGCACACUUCAGCUCUCGCAAAGUAUUUGAAGGUAGCUAUAAUGAAUGUAGCUAUGAUACAUUUAUUAGCAGUUUGAUAAGUUGAAUUAAUUCUUAUUCCUUUUUUGGUGAGAGUGUACAUUUAUACUGGACAGUAACAACCACUUAGAAGCAGGGUAACGACUUCAUCCAACCCCCCCCCCCCCCCCCAACAGCUGAAAGCCAAAUUUAGACUUGUAUGAACCGUCUCGCCGUUCCUCGCAGCGGCAGGUUCCACCUGUGUUUGUUAAUCCGGCCCUUCUGGAGUCACUUCAGGUUGAAUUUGUUUGAUGGAUCGCAGCCACCUCGCUCAACCGAGACUGUGCGUCGAUGUGCCAAAAGUCAAGUUUGCUUUACAGUCGAUCGGCGAGCGCUCCCGGCUCGGCCAAACGCUGUCCGUCAAAACUCGAGAUGUAACGAUUAUUGUGGUCCCUGUGGAGAUCGAUACUAGAAUUUUAGCAGUGGUUUUCAAAGUGUGGAACACCGGAGAGCUUCUUUCUUUUUUUUUGUGUGGUCAUGGUAAAAAAGAAAAAAAAAAAGUAUAGGUCAAAUUUGUAAAUAUUUUAAUAAAUUUACAUUUAGAUCAGAUUUUAUUGUGGAAUUAUAAUAUAAUCCCUAAUAAAUAAGUGUGAUAUUAAUCAUCAAGAUUCCUUCAUCUUGCAUGAGAAGACUGUUAAUGUUAAAGAGCUAUUAGUGAUCGAUUGGUCUGAUCGAAAGUCAAGUGAUCCGGCCACACUCUGAAAACCCCUGAGCGACAGAAUCCGGUCGAAAACACGAAUCGUCGCAGACCUGAAACAAUUACCACGGUGUCCUUUUUGACACGGCGCGCGAGCCGGAAGGAACCCGGAAACGCGCUGCUGGCGUCGCGUCGAGACCAUUACGUCUCGAUUUACCGGCGCGAGCGACUCGACUGGAAACGUGCCGCCAGUGUUGCUUUUGAAAUAUGACGACAAGCGCGCUGAGUCUUUGCCACAGAUGUCCAAGUCACUGCCUGAUGUGUGUGUGCGUGCGUGCGUGUGUGUGCUUGAUGGUACUCCCUGAAUAGUGUUACCCGUGAACCUUUUGCAAUAGGAAACCUUUGGACAAAGGGCCUUCUGGAUGAGUUUGUUGCUUUUUAUAAAGUGAAGACUUAAUGAGCUUUGAUAGGCUGGCUUUUUUUUUUUUUUAAUUUUAGUAUUGUAUAUAAAUAUAUACAAGAUAUACUAUUGUGAAUUGCAAACCCUGCCCCCCCCCUUUUCAGUAAAUUGAAAGCACAAAUAGUGUACCUUAUUAUUUCUAGACAUUAAUGCCAAAUAUAUUUCCAGAACUCAUAACUAUUGUCUUGUACAAUGCAAACACUAUUAGAUAUGUUGUCAUACAUUUCCCUCACUUUGUAAUGCACUUUCAUGUGGUUUUAUACACAUUGUAGCUCAAAUUUGGGAUACAUUUUGUUUCUGUGGGAAGGAAGGGGGGGGGGGGUUAAUGAGUGACGAGAGUUGUUAUAUUUGAAAUGCAAACCACUACCUAUAGUCAAGGGAAAGAAGGCCGGCGUGACGAUGAGUUUAUUACCGAUGCGUUCAAAUGCCCUGUGAGGUGUGAAAAACCGUCGCGGCCGUCUGUUACCUAAUGUUCUGCCACUUAAAUGUUCCAUUUUUUUUGCAGCUACCGCCGUUUGUCUGCCUGUGACUACACAGUCCCGAGUUCUCCUGGCCAGCCCUCGCUGCAUUAAGUGUUACCAGGCUCAGAGUUGCUUUGAGGGAAUUUGUUAUGCAGAUUUAGCCUUGAAAAUAUUACACGACAAGCGUAUUUCAAUGUAUUUGACCUCAAGAGUUCCUUUUUCUUUUUUUUUUUCUUGCCCUAAAUCGGAGGUAGCAUGGGGGCGUUUGACAAGACUGGACCAAUGAGCAGGCAUGCUCACAGCAAAACGACAACCCUGACAUCAGUGUUAACGCUUUUACUAUCGGUCAAACUCCAGCUAACGCCAUGCCAUCUCAUUGCUCCUGUUACUUGAAAUGCCACCCAGUGUCUUUGCACAAA